UGUCUCACAAUCACAAAAACUAGUAAAGUAACCAGCAUAGGAGCAGAAUAAAAAAUCCGCCAUGGACGAGAGCUUCAAAGCGAGAGUGGAAAAGGUGUUCGGAUCGCUCGCUGCUUCUCGGUCUCCGUCGGUGCGGUCUCCUUCUUGUUCAUCUUCUUCUCUCUGGUCGAUCUCCGACGGCGAGGUCGAGCGCAGGGAAUGGAGGCGGUGCGCGGACACUUCCGGCAGAGACGAAACGCCGUGUUCUUCGUCCUUCGACGAGUUCUUGAAGAAGGAUUGGAGACUCCCGCGGCGGAGAGAUUUCGAUGAAGAUCUGGACGAGGAUCGUGAGAGAAUCGGCGCCGAACGCGAUGAGAACGGCGCUGCUCAAGAUGAAUGGGGAAUCCGAUCCUUCAUUGGCAUGGAUCGCACUCUCGAUUACGAGGAAGAGGAAGAUGAGUUUGACAAAGUGGCUUCGGGAAGAGAAAAUGCCGGGGAUCGCCUGUAUAUGAGUGAUGUUACUGAAAAGGGGUCUUUUUUAAAUUCCGACAAUGUGCUUGGAAACAAAAAGGACCCGCGUGCCAAUCACCUAGCUGCAAAGCAUAGGCUGAAAGAAGAUGAAGCAGAAGCUCAGAAGUUUGCGGAAAUAAAGGAACCUGCAGAUGCGAAAGGAUCUAAAGACAAAGCUGAAGCUCAGAACUUUGCGGAAAUAAAGGAACCUGCAGAUGCAAAAGGAUCCAAAGAUGAAGCUCGGCCAAAGCCUAUAUUGAAAAGGAAAGACAAUGAGUCAGUUUUUAAGGUUUUUAAGCCUCAAAAGCGAGUCAGAUUCGACGUUGAGUGUAAAAAUGACGGUGAAGAAACAUCUCCCAAUGAGGUAGUUUUUAAGGCUUCUGGAUUGCCAGACUAUUUGGUAAAUCCCUCCAAGUACACAUGUUAUAGUCUGGAGUCGACAACUGAAGUUGACGAAUUCUCUAACGCUCGAGCUUGUGGAGACUUUCUUAAUGAGGUGAAGAAUAUCCAGAAUGAAUUUUCUAAUGGGCUUCCAAAGUCUGUGACCUUUAUUCCGAAGAAAAAGGCUAGUGAUGCUAAAGUGGUAAAUGAGGGCCAUGAGGUGGAGCAGAACAAGGAAAGUGAGGGACGAAAGUCCUUGCACCCAGAAGGCUUCGCAGUUGGCAUUGCAGCCGGAGAGGUUGAAGUUGAAACUAGUGGCGUUGAGGACGAUGAGCCCGAAACAAAGGCGGCAGCGAAUACUGGGUUCCAAAAACCAGGUCGGAGGUAUAGAACAAUGGCGAAUUCCUAUGACUCUGAUACUUAGGUGAGAAAGGCAACAAUGCUGAUGAAUGUUAGAAUUUGUCCCCCAAAUCCCUCAGCAGUCAAGUUGUGGGGCUUACAUAUCCUUUUAAGCAUAGCUUUGUGAAGUUGGGCUCAUGAGACAAGUGUGCAAGAAGAGUUGUGUUAUUCAUCAUUAUUGGUAAUACAUCACAACACCCGGGCAGCACUGUAAUAUUGUCAUAUACUCACAUGGCAAAAAUUAAAAUUACUGGGUCCUGCACGUGAUAACUUUUUGAGGCCUUAAUCAAAGCUCUUUUUAUUUUUAUUUUUAAAGUGCGGUGUUCAGUGUACAUAUUUUGUCUAUGCCAUGAAUACACAAGUUUAUAGCUGUUUAUGCUCUUUAUUUACGUAUUGACCCCGUGGCCAUGA